UUGACAGUAUUGCACGGAGCUAACAGCUCUGCUAGGCUAACCAGUGACUGUCUGUGUGUUCUACGAGGCGUGUCUCUCAGCUUCAGUGUACACGUUGCGACUGUAAAACAUUCACAAGCGAAACAUAACGUGAACACAGCCGUUAGAGACAUAACUGUGCCCGUUAUAUCAGCACUGGAAUCUCAUUUGGAGAACCGUUACAAGCAAAAAGGGCGACAUGACGCCACGCUACCAAAAAAUAACAAGCUUCCACAAAAAAUGAUAGUUUGAGAAACAAACCUGCAGCAGAACUACUGUAACUGCGGUCGUCCACGGUUUCCUCGCCCAGAAACGUGUGAAUGGUUUCAGCAUGGAGAGAGAGAGAGAGAGAGGGGGGGGGGACUCUGAGGCGGAGAAGGAUUCGUCGACAAUUCAGACUCUGACUAUUUCUUUCACUCACCAGGACAGCACAGGCGGGCGGAGAUGAGGAAUGUCAAAUUCAUUGAAAGCCAAAGGCAUACUUGAGUGGCCACGCAGAACAAUUUAUUAAACGCUCCAUGAGAACUUUGGGUUGAUGAAGUCCCCGAGUUAAGGCUGGCAGGCAGCUCUUCCAGUCAGGCAACAACCCCGCCCCCCUUCGACUGACACGCCCCCCCCUCUCAACCAGGGCAUGACUGGGCAAGGGUUCUUGUCCUUAAUGAUGGAAAAGCAACUGAAGGAAGUGGAGGAGUGGAUUCUUGUCAAAAGAAGUAUGCAGUUUAGCAAUACAUUGCAAAUCAAAACAAACUGUUUAACAUCACUGACAACAGUCUGAGGCAUUACAUAAACCUCAGAAACCUAACAGUGAUGAAUUCAAGAUUGUCGUCAAUAUCACCAGACGCUUUUUUCAACAAUACAAGACUUCAAUACGUAAAUCUCAGAGAUAACAACCUAUCAACACUUUCGUGGAGAACAUUUCAGAAUUUCAAUGCAUCGUUACCACUCGUACUGUAUGGAAACCCUCUGGAUUGUGUUUGUGAAAACUUAUGGAUCAAACUGCGGCUCCUGGAAGACAGCGAAAAUUCUGAUCUGAGAUGUAUGGACGAAAGACAAGUGACGCAGGCCUUCGCUAUGCUCACCCCCCCAGACUGUGAGGCUCCCAGAGUAGAGGUCACCCCGAGGACCGUGACGGUGAUGCAGGGGAGCAGAGUGGAAGCUGAGUGCAGUGCCUCGGGCUCGCCUACUCCUGAGAUCGUGUGGAACGUUGAUAUGCUUUCUACACGCUACGAGACCCAGCAAUCGGAUAUGGAGAGCAGGAUCACUCUGUCAAACCUGUCUCCUGAUGAUAAUGGCAGGGUGAUCAUAUGCAGCGCUGACAACAUGGUCGGUCAGACGGAGGCCACGCUGCAGCUCGAUAUUCUCUUUGCCCCCACCAUCCAGCAGCUGCUGCCGCCCGAGCGGGACCACCACUGGUGCAUCCCCUUCAGCGUGACAGGAAACCCCAAGCCCGACCUGCAGUGGUACCACAAGAACGAGACCCUCGAGGAGCAGGACUUCAUCCGCACUAUGAUCCACGUCUCCACUGAGAGCGAGUACCAUGGCUGCCUGCAGCUGGUCAACCCCACACACAUACACAAUGGUGUGUACAGGCUGGUCGCCAAGAACAAGUACGGCCGGGACGAGAAGAAGGUGUCUGCACAGUUCAUUGACCCGCCUGACAUCGGCCACACAGAGGACCAUUUCUACUACUACCCCACUGAGUCACCACUCCCUCCUCUGGAUGACAGUGUUGCAGUGUACGUUGUUGUUGGAAUCGCAGGUGUUGCUCUGACUGGGUGCAUUCUGAUGGUGAUCAUCCUGAAAUAUGGAAGAAACUCCAAGUUUGGUAUUAAAGGCUCCUCCUCAGUCAUCAGUAAUGACGACGACUCUGCCAGCCCUCUUCAUCACGUCUCCAACGGCAACAACACCCCAUCGUCCUCGGAGAUGGGUCCAGACGCGGUGAUCAUCGGGAUGACAAAGAUUCCUGUCAUCGAGAACCCGCAGUACUUCCGUAACUCGGGCAGCAUGCUGAAAUCCGACACGUUUGUCCAGCAUAUCAAGAGACACAACAUCGUCCUGAAGCGGGAGCUGGGUGAGGGAGCCUUCGGGAAGGUGUUUCUGGCUGAGUGCUACAACCUGGUACCAGACCAGGAGAAGCUCCAUGUGGCCGUCAAGACUCUCAAAGAGGCAAACGAGAGUGGACGAGCAGACUUCUACAGAGAGGCUGAGCUACUCACAAACCUGCAACAUGAACACAUUGUUACCUUUUAUGGUGUGUGUGUGGAGAGCGACCCGCUCAUCAUGGUGUUUGAAUACAUGAAACACGGUGAUCUAAACAAGUUCCUCAGGUCCCACGGUCCUGAUGCAGUGCUAAUGGCAGACGGUCAACACAGCAUCCUGGUGGAGCUCACCCAGUCCCAGAUGCUGCACAUUGCCCAACAGAUUGCUGCUGGCAUGGUCUACCUGGCCUCCCAGCAUUUCGUCCACAGAGACUUGGCAACCAGGAAUUGCCUGGUUGGAGAAAACCUGCUGGUCAAGAUAGGAGACUUUGGCAUGUCCAGAGACGUCUACAGCACAGACUACUACAGAGUGGGCGGUCACACGAUGCUGCCGAUCCGCUGGAUGCCCCCAGAGAGCAUCAUGUACCGGCGGUUCACCACAGAGAGUGACGUGUGGAGCCUCGGCGUUGUACUGUGGGAGAUUUUCACCUAUGGAAAGCAGCCCUGGUACCAGCUCUCCAACAACGAGGUGAUCGAGUGUAUCACGCAGGGUCGGGUGUUGCAGCGGCCCCGCACCUGUCCUAAAGAGGUGUACGAUCUGAUGCUGGGAUGCUGGCAGAGGGAGCCCUACAUGAGGCUCAACAUCAAGGAGAUCCACAGCAUGCUGCAGAGCCUCGCCAAGGCCUCGCCCGUCUACCUGGACAUACUGGGCUGAUACACUCGUGUUCCUGUAUGUACUCUGCGUGCAGGUGUGUGUGUCUGGACGUGUGGUAGAAUGAGAUACCUGGGGAGGAGAGAAGGAAAUGAAAAGCUUAGUGAGUGUGUGUGAGCGGCUGUGUGUGUGUGUGUGUGUGUGUGUGUGUGUGUGUGUGUGUGUGUGUGUGUGUGCACGCGGGUGCGUAUGUGUGUGUGUGUGUGCGUGAAUGUGUACAGAACCUGGCUGUAAAUGUUCCUGUAAAUGCUAUCGUCUGUGUCCCUCAUCAUAUCGAGAAAAGCCUUAAAUUUUCGGUGAUUUUGCUUUUUGCUUUUCUUUAAAUUUAUUUGCAGGUGUCAAAUGGGGCAUGUUUCAUGAAAGGAAACCAAAAUGCAUACAAGACUCUAUAAUGCUAUCCAAACAAUCAACAGUCUCUCAUGUUGAAAACAGGCAUAAAAAUAAAUGAAACCCAAUAAUCCGAAACAUUUAUAACUGGCUCAUUCUGUCUACAUUCACAGUUUGAAUAAUCACUCUCCUGUUUUCCAUACUUGGGAACGAAAAAAGGGAAAAUAAUGCGUCUCCAUAAUGGACUUUGUAUGAACACAACUUUGUAGAUAGAGCUUUCUCGUCUUUCAGCACAGAGCAAAAUAAUCUGCAGGAGGAUUCUCAUUAAAAAGCUUUUCUUUUUUUUGUAUUUCACAGAAUAUUUUCAUAUUUGUAAAAUUUAUAAGUGUUGACCUUGUUUUCAUACCAAGCUGUUGAUUUAAAUCGGUGGAUUUUGAGUCGUCUACAGAAGCUUGUUUAAUUUUUAAACGUACAUGUAUGUUAUUAUACAGGUAUGUUUAAACUAUUGUUCGAAUUCCAUAUAGAUUAUAUAAAGCCUGUGUAUUAUAUAUCAAACCUAGUCUAGUACAAAUAAGGAUGUCCUGAUGUGAAAUCAAUGUUGAGGAUGUAAAACACAAGGGCAAACAUACAUUUAAUGCUGUUUUCUAAUAUAAUUUCUCUAAUUUAUGCAAGUAUCAGUUUUAAACUUAACGUCAAUCGUGUUUUAAACAUAUUUUGUUCACAAAUUUUUCUUAUUUGAUGUAUCUAAAGCACAGAGAACGAGGAAUUGUUAAGCUGUGCCUAAUCCCAAAAAAUGAACAAAAAAAGAUGAGCACAGUUUGUUUGUUUUGAUUUUUCAUCCACCAGCAAUGCCAUGUAGAAAAUCUUUGUUAAUUCCAUGUGGCCCAUAUCUGUAAGUAAUGUGAUCCUGGUGACGCAUGGAUAAACUUAUGGAGCGUCAUCUUCAUUUUUUUCUCCUGAUUUCUGAGAGGGAUUGAAGGGCGUUUGAUGUUUGAUGCAGUGUACAGUGCAGGUUAAAUAUCUUAUAGUUCUUUUUUUUCUCCAGCACAUUUAUUUUGUAAAAUGGAAUGUUGCUUCCUGGUUUUUUUUCUUUAUGUAUUGACACUGCAGGGGUAAACUUUGAGGAUCUAAUCUUUAAUUCAGCAUAGUGGGCUGGGAAACAGCACUAAACGGACUAAUUAAGAGUCUGAUAGCCCCUAAAGAGUCCUGGGGGUGCUUUCAUCUCUGAGCGGCCCCACUCAGCCGGGCGGUGACUCAAACAGCGCCUUCUCUUUUGGGCAUCUGUGAAGCACAUUUGUACAGGCUGGAUGCUUGCAGUUCAUAUUCCAAAUUAUCUUUGAAAGUUCUAGUUCCUUGAAAGAUUAGAGACGAAUAAAUAUAAGCAAAGUGUUAUGAUACACGUGUGUGUUAUAAACAAAAACAGCAGCCAUUACUCCUUCUAAUAAUGCCAUGUAUAUCCAAAUAGACUCAUAAAGCAGCAAGCUCUUUGCCGAGACAGUACUUCAUGUUAAGUGCACUUUGUAAGCUGAACUUAGAGGAGACUUCCUGCCAUUUUCAUCCCUGGCUCUAUUUUAUGUGUAUGGGCUAAUUACUGGACAAUAACUUUAAUGUAUUUUGGAAUUACAGCAAUAGAUUGCCUCAGCUGGCCAUCACACUAAAGCUCUAACAGCUGUAAUGCAAUCCUUUGGGGCAAUUACGGGCAAGCAAGGUAAAUCCACUUAAGGAGCUUCUUUUUGCCACUGACAUACUCAGAUUUUAAUCCUAAUAUCUUUUACCAUCCUGUAUAAGUCACUCCACUUGAAGAUUUUGGAGUGAAACUUCCCUUUAAACGAGUUCAAGUAGCCGUGGCAGCUAAAUUCUGAAGGGAUGUUUUCUGUUUUCUUCAAGUGGAAUUACACACAUCUGUGGAUUUAACUUGCUAGCUUGUAAUUGCCCCAAAGGAUUACAUUGUGUCCCACCUAAUCUCUAUUUAUAGAUUCUACAUUAAAAUAUAGAAUCGGUACAUGGGGGUCAAUAUUGGCAGAAUUGGAAAGUGUCAUGGUUUACGUUUGUAGUACAGUUGGUUUGGAGUAGUACUGACAAAACAUGUUUCAGCAGGCUUCUGUGUAUGGAGGAAAAACAGUCAAUGUGGAGAGCAAAAGCAGGUGGAACGCACACAGCCGCAAUGACAACCCCGGCUCUCCUCGGGCAAAGAUUUGACUAUCAUUUAUUCAUCUAUCUAUAAACUUCAUGCAAGUGCAGCAAACAAUCUGUUGUAGAUCAAAAGUUUCAGCUCACCCUCACGCUGUGUUGCAAAAGCCCCUUAGCGGUUAGAUUCCCUGACUGCUUUGAAUGUAUCAAAACUGAUCAAUCCAUCCUCCAUUUUAAAAGUUGUUUUUCUUUUUCUACUGCAGAAUCAGGCCACAGUGAAGCGUUUACAUUGCAGAAAAAAAAACAGCACAGAAAAGCAAGUCUUCACUGGGAGUUGUUUUCGUAACCGCUGGCUACAGUAUUACUGAAAAGUCGGCGUCUGUUCCCAGAGACAUAUAUGGCCUCUCAUCAUCAGACAAUGAUAAAUGAUUGCUGAUGGGUACUUAGAUUGUAGUCCGCCUGUAAUCGCCCUAUAGGGUAAAAUUGUUGUAAAUGCAGUCAUAGUUGACCCAUCUACUGGCUCUUUUUCUGAAAUGUUCUGAACCUACGAUUGAUUCACACGACUAAACACAUAAAAAAAACAUCAGGCCCAGGUAUCCAAGGUGAGAAAUUCCCUUUAACUCCCCAAAUGCACAACUUAAGUGGCUGUGAAGCACUGACCACUCUCUGCCUCCACCUCACCUGCACUUACAACAAAAACAAACACACACUUGCUAUGCUGGCCAUGACUGAAGCAAGUCCCUAAAAAAGUCCCUCUAUGUUUUUCUUACUGUCAGUUCUGUAUAAUAGUUGUGUGACUGCUGUACAUAACUUGCUGUCCAUUCUGUACAGUUCUGAUCUUUGUCUUUAUCAAUAGUAGGCUAUGUUCAAUAGUAUAAUCUGUUUGAAGCAGAUAUCAUGUCCAAACUGUGUGACAUCUAUUGAAGAUAAUGUGUUAUGGGCCACUGGCAAUACAUACUAUAUGUAAAUACGAUUUAAUUUGUGCUACAUUGUAUAAUUUUUCUGUGCUCGUUCAUAUUACCAGUGAGAAUACAAUCUCUUUUUUUUUUGCGACUUUGGAUUUGCAAAGGACUUAAUUUGAACAAUGUCAAAAGGAAAAUUAAAAAAAGAUCUCUUUCUUCUCCACUGUGAUGGGGAGAUUUACAUGGAGGCUGUCUGCGAUGCUGACUGUCCACAGGAGGAUCAUAGACUCUGGUUCUGAUUCAAAACAUCACGAUCCUCCCCAGCUGACAGGAGGAGGUCAAAGGUCGCAUCUUGGCCAACUCCACCACCACUCAACCUCUGACUGACUGUAGCCUACUUUGAUCCUCUUUCAGAUGAAUAACUGUGACUUUGCAUCAUGAAUAGUAUAUUAUUUUGAAUGUAAUCUAGCAGGGUCGGGACCUUUUUUGAAUGUAAUCUACCUGGAGGGGAGGGCGGGUUGAGGAUUUUUUGUAAAUAUGUGGUAAAAGAAAAAAAAGAUUACAGUUUUCAUUCCUGUGCAGAUAACAGGUUUUACUUACUGUGGGAAUAAAAAGACAGAAUGUGUGUGUGUGUGUGUGUGUGUGUGUGUGCGUGUGUGUGUGUGUGUGUGUGUGUGUGUGUGUGUGUGUGUGUGUGUGUGUGUGUGUGUGUGUGUGUGUGUGUGUGCACAUACCUCUGUAUGCAAGAGUGUGUCUGUGUGAGUGUGGCUGUGUGUGUGCUCUUCUGGCAGAUUUAAUCCUGCUUUAAUCAGCCAGUUCUAUCAAUCAAUUCAAUGCUUUGUGCAUCAUGUGAGUAGCUUAUCCACAAUUAAUGGAAAUGUUCCUUGUGAUACUGUGCAUUUAAUAAAGGUGGUAUGUCUUACAAUA